AUGAACCAGCCCGCUGCCGCCGCUGCCUUGGAACCGGGAGGAUAUCCAAGUAACGGCGCUGUAGGGGGGAACUACUCGAGGCCUAACUCCGGCAGUUACUUUGCGUACCACCAGCCACAAAGGAAGCCCGUCAAUGACGAAACUCUGUCUAACACUCUAGCCAAUUCUUACACUGCACCGCCUCAGAACGACAACCGUCAGACCAAGUUCACCGAGGAGUGGGAUGCGAGCGCGAGAGGCAGCUCAGUCGUAGACGGUCCAGCAUCUCAGCAGAAUCAUUAUCCGCACUCGACCAUGCAGCGCGCCAACUCCGUGUCCUCGCGACAAGACGUCAUCACCGGCGACAAUGCGAGCAUCCACAACAUGUCCCUGUCGAGAGGAAAUACCUUGAAGAAAAAGAGCUCGCUGCGUAGGAGUGGCAGUCUCAAGCGUAGCAGCAGUCGCCGUAGCAUGAAGGCUGGUAGCGUUAGGAGCCUCGUCCUUCAGAGCUCUCAUGACUCGGACGAGAUUCACAGUGCAUUCUACUGUCCCGUGCCGACUUCGGGCAGCCCGACAGAAUUACUAUCUAAUAGGUUUCAAGCAUGGAGGAAAACCCUCAAAGAUCUCAUUGCAUAUUUUCGGGAAAUACAAUCGCAUUAUGAGCAUCGGUCCAAGUCGCUUCUCAAGCUCGCCAAUGUCCUCAACAACACGUCCACGCCGCCAGGCUUUCUUGCGUCCGGUGGGAUAGAUGAUGCACUUCAAAUCCUGAGGGAUUAUCACAAGAAUGCGAUUAUAGAGGCUAACAAAGCUCGGGAGAUUGAGGAAGACGUCAUCCUAGCGCUGACCGGUCUGAGAAGCGAUCUCAACCAAAAGAUAAAGGAGAUCCGGGGCUUAUCUAGCGAUUUUAAGAAUUCGGUGGAAAAGGAGAUGGACGGGACUCGGAAAGCCGUCAACGCGCUGCAAGAAAUCCUGGGCCAAAAUGAGUUGGACUCAUCUAUGACAACAGGAAAACAGGAUCCCUACCUUUUGCGAUUAGCGGUGGAUCGUCAACUUGAGAGGCAACUCGACGAAGAGAACUACUUGCACAAGGCAUAUUUGAACCUCGAAUCGUCCGGCAGAGAGCUAGAGUCUAUCGUUGUGGGUGAGAUUCAAAAGUCUUACAACGCGUACGUUGGUAUUCUCAAGCGUGAAUCAGACGCUGCUUACAACGCCAUCGACGAACUCCGCGCGGGCCCUAUUGCGAUGCCCAAGGACCACGAAUGGGUCAGCUUCAUUCAAAGAGACUCGCAAUUUGUUGACCCUGAUGUUCCAAUAAGAUCUGCUGAACACAUUCACUAUCCGGGACGAGAUCACUUUGCUUGCCAAGAAAUACGUGCAGGUCUACUUGAGCGCAAGAGCAAAUAUUUGAAGAGCUAUACAGCCGGAUGGUACGUGUUGUCACCGACUCACUUGCAUGAAUUCAAAUCUGCAGAUAAAACCCAAGCACCUGUCAUGUCGUUGUAUCUACCCGAACAGAAACUCGGGUCUCACUCCACCGAAGGAGGUUCUUCCAAUAAGUUUAUCCUGAAAGGAAGACAAACAGGAUCCAUGCACCGCGGUCAUACAUGGGUCUUCCGUGCCGAAAGCCACGACACCAUGAUGGCAUGGUACGAAGACAUCAGGAUGCUCACCGAGAAGUCUCCCGAGGAGCUUAGCAAUUUUGUCCGAGGUCAUGCUCGCACAUAUUCUAGAACUUCACAGCGAACUACGAGCUCGGAUGGCAUGGUAGAUGAGGAGGAUGACGAGCCUUUCACGGCCGAUCCCGCCGUCGCUAGCCCGGGCUCUCGCCAAGAGUCCCUCCAAAAUCGACCCGAGCCAGGGGGUAGGUUCCCUUCUGACAUCCAGAUUAACGCGCAGAGAGGCAUGCAAGUACCGCGCUCGCCUAGUAGUGCCGGCUCAGCGUACCUCGGCAACGAAUACAUGAUGACGGGUGCCAGCGCGGGCAACGCAGACCGCGACGCGGUCGCCGGCGCCAGUGCUUUGCCAGGCAGCGGCCUCGGCGAGCACUAUCCCGGCAAUGAGGGAAUGCUUCUGGUUGGGCAAUCUUACGGGAACACACCGAGCGUGAGAAUGGAUCAGGCACACAGUCGUGCAGCAGUUAUUGACCACGAAGCGCGAGCAGAUGGCGUAAACCCGUACAACGGAGAACCUAUCAUCCAACAGCCGCAAGCCCAACGAGGUGGCUCGGUCGUAGUGGUGCCAGGGCCGGGCUCCGCAAGCACGUCGCAGACGUUAGAGACGACCACUAGUCAGGACUCGGGCAACGCGGGCGGCGCGUACGAGAUGAUGGCAGAUGCCCAGCAGCAGCAGAAAUACGCGCCCGUAGCGGCGAGCCAAAGGGAACAACCGCUGGUCAUCGGGGCCGGGAACUCUUUUGCGAAGCCCUUACCCGGCUCUGCGACGGGGUCCGCGCCAUUCGCGGCGGCUAACGGCCAGUACGUACAGGGGCAAGUACAGCCGAGACCCUACGGCGACCGCACGAAUAGCAACCCGCACGUCCCCGGCGAGUACCCUAGGAGCACGCCGGGAGGGACGCCGGGGGCUUGCUAG